UUCUCAGCAACCAAACACUCUUAACAACGUCCUCAUAUCUUCAGUUGAGAAAAUUCACUCCUCCCAGCAAUGGCAGCGUCCGCCAACCCCUCCGGCGGUGCUCUGCCGGAGCUAACUAAGAGAACCCCCAUUCUGGGUCUCAAACUCUACGUCUUAAUCUCCGUUUUCCUACUAAUCCUGGUCGCAGUCGUGCUCCUCAUCUUGCUCUGCAUUCGCCGGAGCCGAAGCUCCAAGAAGCGCAAAAUGCGAGUGAAGCACAGCUCGGGCACAAUCCCACUAGUGUCGAAGGAGAUCGUGGAGGUUAAGGCAUUGGAGCUCAAAAUCGAAGACGGUGAUGUUGAUCCGAAGUCAGAGAUCGAAGAGAGUGCGUCGGUGGAGUGUCCGAACAUAGGGUGGGGCCGGUGGUAUAGCCUGAAGGAGCUAGAGAUUGCAACUGAUGGGUUUGCUGAAGGGAAUGUGAUCGGAGAAGGAGGGUAUGGGAUUGUGUACAGAGGAAUUCUCCAAGACGGUUCUGUCGUGGCUGUGAAGAAUCUUCUCAACAACAAGGGUCAAGCAGAGAAAGAGUUUAAGGUGGAGGUUGAAGCCAUUGGAAAAGUGAGGCAUAAGAAUUUGGUGGGGUUAGUUGGAUAUUGUGCAGAAGGUGCUCAAAGGAUGCUUGUUUAUGAGUACGUUGACAAUGGAAAUUUGGAGCAGUGGCUGCAUGGUGAUGUAGGGCCUGUUAGCCCCUUGACAUGGGAUAUACGAAUGAGGAUUGCUGUUGCGACUGCAAAAGGGCUAGCCUACUUGCAUGAAGGCUUAGAACCCAAAGUUGUCCAUCGAGAUGUAAAAUCCAGUAACAUUCUUUUGGACAAAAAGUGGAAUGCCAAAGUAUCUGACUUUGGACUGGCCAAGCUCUUAGGGUCUGAGAAAAGCUAUGUGACAACGCGAGUAAUGGGGACAUUUGGAUAUGUUUCACCUGAGUAUGCAAGCACGGGUAUGCUUAAUGAGGGCAGUGAUGUGUAUAGUUUUGGGAUUCUACUUAUGGAGCUAAUUACAGGAAGAAGUCCCAUUGAUUAUUCUAGACCACCUGGAGAGAUGAACUUGGUUGAUUGGUUUAAGGGAAUGGUAGCAAGUCGUCGUGGUGAUGGGCUAGUUGAUCCUUUAAUUGAGAUUCAGCCCUCUCCAAGAUCUUUGAAGCGAGCUUUACUGGUUUGUCUGCGCUGUAUAGAUUUGGAUGUUAUUAAGCGACCAAAGAUGGGUCAAAUUGUUCAUAUGCUCGAGGCAGAUGAUUUUCCCUUUCGUACUGAACUUCGAACAACUAGAGAGAAAGAUAAUGUUCCUUCUCAAGCAGCUGUUUCAAGCAAGGUUCCAUAUCCAACAAGGCAUGUGGAGCCGGUAGAUAAAUCAAGCUGGAGAUGAUUGCCUCUUGUACUGCUAAACACAUGUGCACCGCGUAUUUGUUCUGAUGAUUUUCAAUUUGUUAUGAACAAGUCAGAAGCCAUUGUGCAUAUCUUACACAGUUGUAGUUACUUUUCUUUCGGUCUUAUCGUAUUCUGUUGUAUUGCUAUAUCUUGUGAAGAAG